AUCAUCAUUGAAGAUCUUAAUGGGCCUUUGGGCCCAAAAAAAAGACCCAAAACUGAACUCUCUCUCUCUCUCUCUCUCUCUCAGUGAGUUCAUCGUAGUGGCGGAGUUUCUCACAUCGGUCGGCGACGGCGUUCCUCAUCCUCAACUCAAAGUCUCCACCAUGCUUUCUCAGUGCUUUUCUCAGACGGCCACCACAGCCAGAUACUUCCCCAGCACUUUGUUUUCACCUCCCAUUCCCAUUUCAAGUGCUUCAGCUCUCAAUUUCACUGAUACUAGGGGAGGCUGCCUUUCCCUCUCACUCACUCGUGGAGCCAACAUCUCCAUGGCCUGUAAUUCGAAGCUCUCGAAUGGAGUCGAAGCUCUUUCCUGGGGUCUCGAUGUUGAUCGCUUUGCUGAGGUUGCUAAUGAGGCUGCUGAUGCCUCUGGAGUUGUGCUUCGAAAAUACUUUCGUAGCAAGUUCGAGAUUCUAGAUAAGGAAGAUUUGAGUCCUGUAACUAUUGCGGAUCAAACAGCCGAGGAAUCUAUGGUAUCUAUUAUAUUGAAAAACUUUCCAUCUCAUGCUAUUUUUGGAGAAGAGAAAGGGUGGAGGUGCAAAGAGAAAGAUUCAGAGUAUGUCUGGGUUUUAGAUCCAAUAGAUGGGACAAAAAGUUUUAUAACUGGAAAACCUGUCUUCGGUACACUCAUUGUUCUGCUACAUAAGGGUAAACCAAUUCUUGGUGUAAUUGAUCAGCCUAUUUUAAGAGAAAGAUGGAUUGGGAUAAAUGGAAGGAAAACUACACUAAAUGGAGAAGAAGUAUCCACUCGCUCUUGUGCAAAUAUUUCACAAGCAUAUAUGUACACUACAAGUCCUCAUCUAUUCAAAGAAGAGGCAAAAGAAGCAUUUGUUCGUGUGAGAAACAAGGUGAAAGUACCUCUAUAUGGAUGCGACUGCUAUGCUUAUGCUCUUCUGUCAUCCGGUCAUGUGGAUCUUGUUGUUGAAUCCGGUCUCCAUCCAUACGAUAUUCUUGCACUCAUACCGGUGAUAGAAGGCGCUGGAGGUGUCAUAACUGGUUGGAAAGGAGAAGAACUUAGUUGGGAAGCUUCCCCAAAUUCACAUGCAACAAAUUUUAAUGUAGUUGCAGCUGGGGAUAAACAGAUUCACCAGCAAGCUCUGGAGUUGCUACAAUGGCGAUAAGGUUUAGAUUGGCCUUGCUUCAAAUAAAUUUGUAGAGAUCUUAGCAGAAAAGCCUUGGUUGAUUCUGAAUAAAUGAGUUUAGUUGGAAAGAACUAAAAUUGACAAAUUCUAUUUGAAGAUGUACAUCAAGAAACAAUUUGCAAGGACAUAUUAUCUUGACCCCCUAAUGGCCAAAAAAAAAAAAGGUUCCUUUGGAAAA